AUGCCAAAAAAAUUGAGUUCUAAAAACACAAAAGAUAUGAAGCUUGAUGGUAAGUAUUAAGGUACCUAAAUAGAUACCUUAUAAUCAAUAUCUAUGUAUAUUAAGUUAGCAUUUUUAGACAGUUAGCCUAAAUUAUUUCUCAUUAUUUUUUAUACUCAAAAAAUAAUUUUUUGAUAACAACUCAUAAUCCCACAAUGACAUAAUUUGUUUAAUUAUUUUAUUUUAUUUCCACAAGCACAUUAUUACUUUUAAUAUGACUACUAUAACAAUAGUUAAGCAUAAUAAAACAUUUUAAUUUGAUAAUAAUACAAAUUAAAAAUUGUCUAUUGCUUGUACACUGCUUGAUGAGGUACCUAAAUAAAAUUCCAAAAAUUAUUAAAUAACCUCUUAAAUUUUAAGAAGUUUUAAUACAUUUUGUAUUGAGAAAAAUGACAAUUAACAAAGAUUAGCGAAGUUAUUAUCCUAAUUUAAAAAAAUCUACCUACCUUUAACUAGGUCUACAGAAAUUUAUAGUUCUCCAAUUUCAACAUUAAAUUAUAUCUUACAUCAUUAUAGACACAAGCAUUUAAAAAAGUUUUAUUAUAAAUAUUUGUUUUAUUGUCAUCAGAAAACUGAUAUUUUUACUACUUAUAUAAACAAAGGAGAAAAUAAACUUGUUUUAAUAUUAUACAAAUUGUUUGAGAAAAUAUAUACAUUAUAAUAUUAAUAGUUAGAAUAAAUAAAAAAUAACAACUAAUUUAAAAUACCUACUUAAUUAAAUUCAUAAUGCAAUAAAUAUUGUUCAAUGUUUCAGGAAUUCAUAAAUACCUUAAUGUGAGUUAUAUAAAAGACAAAUUGAGAAAACAGAGUUUCUAUUUAAGCUUAAUGCCCUUGUGGAAUUUGUUGAAAUGUUUGUGGAAUUUGAGUGCUGGUGUAAAUAUAAGCUUAAUUAAUAAUAAUUUAAAAUUUUUAAAUGAAUUACAUUAUGUAACAAUAAAAUGUUAUGAAAUUUUAGAAUGCUGUACAAUAUAUAACUUAUAAAAAUGAAGUUUCAGAAGAAGCAGGACAAAAAAUAACACACAAAAAAAAAAAAAGUAUAUUCUGUUCUAAUAAAAUUAUGAUUCAUAUUUAUUGUACUAUAGUCUAUGUUUGAAUGGCUGUAUAGAAACAAAUAACACGCAGACAUCUAAGUUCAAACUUGGGUCAUGUACAGCAAGCACAACUUCAAUCCCAAAGAAUCAUUUAAGAUCACCAGCUACAGAAUCUGAUAAAUUUAUUCUAAAAGGAAAAAAAAAAACAAAAAGUCCUACCCAAGCAAACAGUAUGUAAACUAAAUUUUUUAAUUUUCAUAGAUUAUAAUUAUUAAGGCAGAAGACUUAUAGCUCUAAAAAAGCACUUAACAUGUAAGCACUUGUGUACUUAAAAUAUUUUCUAUUUUUUAAAUCCUCUUUUUCUUUUUCUUCUUAUUGUGUGUAUUGGCCCUCAAGACCAGCCCCUUGAACAAAUUUGCCGCGAUCUUUUUCUAUCCUCAGUAACUUUUCUCCAUUAUACAUUCUGUUCUACUGCUUUAAUAUCUAUUUUGACAUGGUCUUCCCACUGUAAGUCUUUUCCCAAUUCGGCCUCUCUAAUAACCACCUUAACCAGUGAGCCCUUUUUCCUCCAGGUAUAACUGGCACACAUUAAUCUUCUUCUCCUUAUUUCUGUAAUAAUACAUGGUCUUGGAAACAAGGUCUUUGGUUCUAAUUUAAAAAAAUUUAAUUAGUUAAUUAAUUACAUCAAUUGUAGGCUUACAUAUUUUUUUUUUUAUAUACAGUACAAUAUUAUACUGAAUUUAUGAAUUAAUAAAUUCUAAUAUUAUGCUAUUAUUAUUUUAAUUGUUAAUGUUCUAUAGUGAACUAUAUGAUACAGACUAGCCAUUCCCAAACGAAGGGGAGGGGUGGAUGCCCAACAAUUAUUUUAAAGUCACCAAUAUAUAAAAUGGCUGGUCAUAUCAAAAUUAAAAAUUAAUUUUAAAAAAAAAAUUAAAAAUUAAUUUUAAUUCAACAAUUUUGGUUCUCUCAUUAAAUGAAAUCAAAAUGUACAAAAAAUAUUUAAAAUAUUUCUCAAAAUGUAUGAAAUUGAAGAAAUAUGCUCUAAAAACAAAAAAAACUCUAAAUAUACAUUUACAUGAAAAAUAAAAUUAGAAAUCUAGCUUUGUAUUAUUAUAAAACUUAUUUGUUUCUUAGGCUACUAUUUUUUUGAUUGUGUUAAAGAAAUAUGCAAAUGCUACAAGUCCUUUGCUUUAAUAAUUAUUACUAAAUGUAUUAGUGUCUAUUUUUUGCACAAUUAUAUAGAAAAAAAUACCAAAAGUACCUCCGAGUUCAAACUUGGAUCAGGGACAGCAAGUACAAGUUUAACUAUUACAAAGAAUGAUUUGAUACCACCCGCUACAGAAUCUGGUGAAUUUGUUUUAGAAUCUGGUGAAUUUGUUGCUACAGAAUCUGGUGAAUUUGUUUUGAAAAAACAAAAAAAUACCAAAAGUACCUCAGAGUUUAAACUUGGAUCAGGGACAGCAAGUACAAGUUUAACUAUUACAAAGAAUGAUUUGACACCAUCAGCCACAGGAUCUGGUGAAUUUGUUUUGAAAAAACAAAAAAAUUCAAAAAGUCCAAACAAAAAAGACCGUAAAUAAAUUAUAAACUUUCUGUUUUAGUUAAAUUAUGUGUAUAGUAUUCAAUUCAUUAUUAUCUGUUUUUCAAAACUGUAUAGAAAAAAAUACCACAAAUACUUCUCCAUUCAAACUUGGAAUUGAACACUCAGCUACAAAAUCUGAUAAUUUUGUUUUAAAAGGAAAAAAAAAUUCAGAAAGUCCUAAGAAAGAAAACAGUAAUUAAAUAAUAUAUUUUUUAUUUGUUGUAUUAUAUUAUAUUUGAUUUAUUAUUUUAAAAGGUUUAAAUGUCACCAAUCCACGGAUUAAACUUGAAACAAUGGUUUUAAUUGACCCUCUUGAGAUACAAAUUGAGUUUCAAAAAAGGUCAUCUUCACCAUUUCAUACUGUACAACACAUUAAAAGCAAGUGUAAAAAAGUAAAUAAAAAUAAAUAA